CCAAUUUCCCCAUUCUCGCAAUCCCAAAAUCAAUUUCAUUUCCCCAAUCGAACCGCGAACAAUGCUGCGCAAGCGAAGAACGCUGGCUCCAAAACCCACCGCCGGCGCCCGCCAUGAUUUCCCAGUUGACGACGACGAUUACGACGACGUUUCCUGUCAAAAGUGUGGCUCUGGCGACUCUCCGGCUGACCUUCUCCUCUGUGACAAAUGCGAUGGAGGGUAUCACCUGUUCUGUCUUUCCCCCAUCCUCGUCUCCGUCCCCAAGGGAUCCUGGUUUUGCCCGACUUGCUCCAACCACAAGAAGCUCAAAUCUUUCCCUCUUGUUCAAACCAAAAUUGUUGAUUUUUUCCGCAUCCAACGACCUGCGGACUCUCAAACGGACUUAAGCCUAGAGAAUCGAAAAAAACGAAGACGGACUGGUAGUUUAGUACUUACCAAAAAGAGAAGGAAACUCUUGCCGUUUAACCCGACUGCAGAUCCUGCAAGACGCUUGGAACAAAUGGCAUCACUGGCAACAGCAUUAACGGCUACAGGUACAGAUUUCAGCAAUGAGCUUACUUAUGUGCACGGCAUGGCACCAAGGUCAGCUAACUGCGCAUCUCUCGAGCACGGAGGAAUGCAGGUUCUUCCAAAAGAGGAUGUGGAAACUUUAAACUUGUGCAAAAGUAUGAUGGAGAGAGGGGAGUGGCCUCCACUUAUGGUUGUUUUUGAUCCUCGAGAAGGGUUUACUGUGGAGGCUGAUAGGUUUAUAAAGGACUUGACCAUAAUUACAGAAUAUACUGGGGAUGUUGAUUACUUGAGGAACCGUGAACAUGACGAUGGGGAUAGUAUGAUGACAUUAUUGUCUGCCACCAACCCAUCAAAAAGCCUCGUCAUCUGUCCCGACAGACGUAGUAACAUUGCCCGUUUCAUAAAUGGAAUCAACAACCAUACACCGGAUGGUAGGAAGAAACAAAACCUAAAGUGCGUGAGGUUCAAUGUAAAUGGUGAGUGUAGAGUUCUACUGAUUGCAAACAGAGAUAUAUCCAAGGGAGAGAGAUUAUAUUAUGACUACAAUGGAUAUGAGCACGAAUACCCCACUGAGCACUUCGUGUAGCCUUUCCUUUGUGAAAUCCACACAAUGUCUAUAGAAUUGUAGACACAAGCUGAUUGAUGAAUGCCUGAUUAAUAGUUUGGAUAGUUCUCUAAGCUCAGAAGUUCAAAAGAGCAAUUAAGGAAGGAGGUCAGAAGGAUUCCAAUUGACUCCAAUACUGACCUUUGAUAAUUUGAGAACUUACAUGUUAGCACAGAUGUAAUUGUCCAAAUAUGUCAAGUAUUUCUUGUUGCAAUCAAAAGUCUUCAAAGAGCUUCCAAGUUGUAAAUGAUACUAUAUAUCAGAUAUGGAUGUCCAGUUUUCUGAUCACUUGAAUUGCUGCAAUUGUUAAUAGAACGUACCCUGAGUUGUAAAAACAUUUUUCUGGUGAAAGGUCCAUCCACAUUUUGGGCCAACUGCUGCAGAUCUAAUUUUUCUAAGGCCUCCCUCCAUAAUUUGGUUCAUUCUGCCUGUCUAGAUGUCUUGGGAGCAUUAUGGGGAACAAGGGCUAUUGUCUUGGGCUGGAAACUAAGUCGAAUAGCUGCUGAUUAUUGGCCGGGUUUGCUUAGGUGCAUCAGCAUUGCCAUGAAUUGUUGUUCAUUUUUAUGCAAUACAGAAGCAAUGAAUAUAGCAACAAAAGAACUGUUUGGCGAAAAACAUUCAAACUCUAGUGUCUAAUGGUAAUCCACAUUGAGAUCCUUGAUAAUGCAGGUCUUCAGGUUCGUUCCCCUUCGAGUUGCAAAGAUUGGAAGGAGCAACAAAGCUGAAAAACAAAUCCAACCGAAAGGGGGAUCCCUUUGGCAGAACCUGAAUGAUCCCACUGAGUUGAGGAUGUGCACAUACACACACAUUUGCAGGGGAAGGAGAAAAGGGAAACUAGGAAAGCAUGAAUGGCUGUGAUGCAACAAAUCUCACAAGAUACUUUGUACGAAAGCAGAAUGCAGAGGAGGUUUGUACUGUCAAGUCGACACCACUCUUUCCUUUUCCAAUCUUAUGAUUGUCUUCAUGCUUAGGACCACUCUAAGUCUAUUCUAUAGUAGCAGUGAGAAAGAAACCUCUCGGGUGGUCCUAAUUUUUUCAUUAUCUUAUUUACUCAUAAAAAAAGCAUCUCUUUAACAGAAGCAAUUCAAUACAUUACAGUUGCACACACAGCCGUCAGAUAUGAGAAUUGUCCCACAUCCCUUUGGUUGCUAUGGUGGUCCUUCUGAGGUUGUGGGAAGAUAAUAAUUGUAAUAAUAUUGUUGUUACUUAUUAGGUACUCUGAUCAGUGGGUUUUGCAUUGCAAGGUCCAUCCUUUUUUCUUUUGGCUUGGCUUGGCUUGUGUUGUAUUGUAUUGUAUUGUAUGUGUGUUUUUCCAGAGAUCUUUUCCAUCAGAACUCAGAUCCCAAUGUGGCUUUUUCUUUU